GGUAGAGGUACAAAAAUGCAGAGCAAUAAAACUUUUAACUUGGAGAAGCAAGACCAUACUCCAAGGAAGCAGCAGCAGCAGCAGCAGCCACCACCACCACCAGUACCUGCUAAUGGGCAACAGGCCAGCAGCCAGAAUGAAGGCUUGACCAUUGACCUGAAGAAUUUUAGGAAACCAGGAGAGAAGACCUUCACCCAGCGUAGCCGUCUCUUUGUGGGAAAUCUUCCUCCUGACAUCACCGAGGAGGAAAUGAGGAAACUAUUUGAGAAAUAUGGGAAGGCAGGCGAAGUCCUCAUUCAUAAGGAUAAAGGCUUUGACUUUAUCCGCUUGGAAACAAGAACCUUAGCGGAGAUUGCCAAAGUGGAGCUGGACAAUAUGCCAUUACGUGGAAAGCAACUGCGUGUGCGCUUUGCAUGCCAUAGUGCAUCCCUUACAGUCCGAAACCUUCCUCAGUAUGUGUCUAAUGAGCUGCUGGAAGAAGCCUUUUCUGUUUUUGGCCAGGUGGAGAGGGCCGUGGCCAUUGUGGAUGAUCGAGGCAGGCCCUCAGGAAAAGGCAUUGUUGACUUCUCAGGGAAGCCAGCUGCUCAGAAAGCUCUGGACAGACGCAGUGAAGGCUCCUUCCUGCUAACUACAUUUCCUCAGCCUGUGACUGUGGAACCCAUGGACCAGUUAGAUGAUGAAGAGGGACUUCCAGAGAAGCUGGUAAAGAACCAGCAACUUCACAAGAAGAGAGAGCAGCCACCCAGAUUUGCACAGCCUGGCUCUUUUGAGUAUGAGUAUGCCAUGCGCUGGAAGGCACUCAUUGAGAUGGAGAAGCAGCAGCAAGACCAAGUAGACCGUAACAUCAAGGAGGCUCGUGAGAAGUUGGAGAUGGAGAUGGAGGCUGCUCGCCAUGAGCACCAGGUCAUGCUGAUGAGGCAGGAUUUGAUGAGGCGCCAAGAAGAACUUCGGAGAAUGGAAGAGUUGCACAACCAAGAAGUGCAAAAACGAAAGCAACUGGAGCUCAGGCAGGAAGAGGAGCGCAGACGCCGUGAGGAAGCGAUGCGACGGCAGCAGGAAGAAAUGAUGCGGUGACAGCAGGAAGGAUUCAAGGGAACCUUCUUUGAUGCGAGAGAACAGGAGAUACGGAUGGGCCAGAUGGCCAUGGGAGGUGCUAUGGGCAUAAACAACAGAGGUGCCAUGCCCCAUGCUCCUGUGCCAGCUGGUACCCCAGCACCUCCAGGACCUGCCACUAUGAUGCCGGAUGGAACCUUGGGAUUGACCCCACCAACAACUGAACGUUUUGGCCAAGCUGCCACGAUGAAAGGAAUUGGGGCAAUUGGUGGAACUCCUCCUGCAUUCAACCGUGCAGCUCCUGGAGCUGAAUUUGCUCCAAACAAACGUCACCGAUACUAAUAAAGUUGCAGUGUCUAGUUUCUCAAAACCCUUUAAGAAAAAGGACCCUUUUUUGACUAGCCAGAAUUCUACCCUGGAAAAGUGUUAGGGAUUCCUCCCAAUAGUUAGGUCUUUCCUGCCUGUACUACUUGAGGGAGUAUGCUGGAGGCAGAGGGCGAGGGAGGGGUGACAUUUAACAAAUGAAUUUUGUGUGAUAUUUUGCUUGAUUUUGUGUGGUGCAUUCCUGAAGUCUCAAAUGUUUAAUUGUUGAGGGCCUGGGGGAACUGUGGCAAAAUGGAUCCAGUUAGAACCCCAUUAAUCUUGAUCCUUCCGGUGUUUGUCCAUUCUGUUUUAUUUGCUUUCUCAUCUCCACACCACUCUCCCCUUCCUCCAGGCCCAGAGACACUGCCACAUAUACCACCAAAACCAAACAUCCCCCAAUAACCUUAGCCCCACUGUUCCACUCCCAGGUGAGAAUUCAGGCAAAUGUCCACAGAGGUCACAGACAGCUUACAUACGGUUCUGUUCCAUCCCAUAUAU